CAGAACCAGGAAACUCAGUUAAAAGAAACUGAAACUGUUCUGCUGUUGAGCUGUUGUUUGUGUCUGUAUUGCUGUAGACAGUGAAAUGGCUGAAGCCAGUGUUUUUUCAGUGGAGCAGUUCAGCUGUCCAGUGUGUCUGGAUCUCCUGAAGGAUCCUGUGACCAUUCCCUGUGGACACAGUUACUGUAUGAUCUGCAUUACAGACUGCUGGGAUCAAGAGGAUCAGAAGAGAGUCUACAGCUGUCCUCAGUGCAAACAGACCUUCAGUCCAAGACCUGCCUUAGCUAAAAACACCAUACUGGCUGAAGUGGUGGAGAAACUGAAGAAGACCAAACUAAAAACUGCUGUUCCUGCUGGAUCUGGAGACGUGGAGUGUGACAUCUGUACUGGAAGAAAACACAAAGCUGUCAAGUCCUGUCUGGUGUGUCUGGAGUCUUACUGUCAAACUCACUUUGAGCGUCAUGAAGAGUUUCAUUCAGGAAAGAGACACAAAGUGACUGAUGCCACUGGACGACUGCAGCAGAUGAUCUGCCAGAAACAUGAGAAGCUUCUGGAGGUUUUCUGUCGUACUGACCAGCAAUGUGUUUGCAUGCUGUGUGCAAUGGAUGAACAUAAAAACCACGAGACUGUGUCAACUGCAGCAGAGAGGACAGAGAAAGAGAAACACUUGAAGGAGACACAGAGUGAAAUCCAGCAGAGAAUCCAGCAGAGACAGAAAGAUCUUGAGCAGCUGAGAGACGCUGUGGAGUCUCAUAAGCGCUCUGCACAGACAGCAGUGGAGGACAGUGAGAGGAUCUUUACUGAGCUCAUCCGCUCCAUUGAGAGAAGCCGCUCUGAGGUGACACAGCGGAUCAGAGAUCAGGAAAAGACUGCAGUGAGUCGAGCUGAAGGAGAAAUGGAGCGACUGGAGCAAGAGAUUGAAGAUCUGAAGAAGAGAAACACUGAGCUGGAGCAGCUUUCACACACAGACGAUCACAUCCAUUUCCUGCAGAGUCUUCAGUCUCUCUCAGCUCCUCCUGAAUCUACAGAAAACAUCUCUGUCAGUUUCCUCUUUUCUUUUGAUGAUGUGAGAGAAUCUGUCUGUCAGCUGAGACACAAACUGGAGGAUUUCUGCAAAGAGGAGAUGAACAAGAUAUCUGUCACUCAUGGUAACCUUGUUCCAAGGACCAGAGAGGACUUCCUAAAAUAUUCCCAUCAGUUCACUCUGGACCCAAACACUGCACAUAAACUCCUCCAAUUCUAUUUUGGACAGUUGAUUUUCCAGAACCAACUCCAGCCAUAUCCUGAUCACCCAGACAGAUUUGAUGUUUAUCCUCAGGUGUUGUGUAGAGAGAGUGUGAGUGGACGCUGUUACUGGGAAGCUGCGUGGAGUGACACUGGGAGUCAGGGUGUUGUGAAUAUAUCAGUGUCAUAUAAGAGCAUCAGCAGGAAGGGAUCUGGUAAUGAGUGUUUCUUUGGAUAUAAUGAUCAGUCCUGGAGUUUAUCCUGCUCCCCUUCUUGCUUCUCAUUCUGGCACGAUAACAAAGAAACUAAACUCCCAGUUUCCUCCAGCUGCAGGAGAAUAGGAGUGUAUGUGGAUCACAGAGCAGGAACUCUGUCCUUCUACAGCGUCUCUGACUCAAUGAACCUCAUCCACACAGUCCAGACCACAUUCACUCAGCCGCUAUAUCCUGGGUUUUAUGUUUGGGGAACAGUGAAUCUCUGUGAUUUAGAAAUUAAAGAUGAUUCUGAAAAUACCAAUAAUGUUGCCGAAUGAAAUCUUUGAGAUGCAUGAUAAAUCACCAGCCAUGAGAUGGUAUAGUAUCUCAAAAAAAAAAAAAGAUUUGAAAGAGAGCGACAGCUUGUUAUAUAUUGUUUUUCAAUUAACAAAAACAGAUAAUUCUUUAAUCCUUGAGAGAUCUCUGCAGUGGAGAUGAUAGAUAAUCUCUAUAAUACACUGACAUAAGAAUACUCUUCAACUCCAUUUAAAGUAUAAAGUGAAUGUGUUCUGAGAAUCUAAACACACAUUCACACACUCAUACCUGUCUUUUUUUUCUGCUGUACAAAUUGCAUUUUACGGUGGCAGAGAAGUUCAAAACAAAUCACAAUUCUGAAAACAAAAUAACAAAUUACAAAUGCAAAUGCAAAAAAAUACAAAUAAAAUAACAGAAGUGAACCGCUAUUAAUGACAUAUUAUUUGAUAAAAACUGUGUUUAUGUGUGUUUCACUCACUUUCCUGACGUGACUGAUGCACUGCAAGCAGAGAGCUGUAUAAAUUGAGCAAUUAUACAUUUAGUCAGAAAACACAGCAACAAGAAAGUGAGAUAUUAUCUCAUUUCAUUGUCGCUGUGUUUUCUGACUAAAUCUGUCAUUGUGUUGUUCGACUUAUUUUGUUUCUUAGAUUUGAAUUUGUAAUUUAUUAUUUUGUUUUCAGAUUUGUGAUUCUCGGCCACCGUAGUAUUUGCUUUCCCCUUGCCCAAACCCUACCCCUCGCACAACACUACAGACAUUUUUUUAUUUUAAGAACACUGUUUAUUUUAAGGACACAGUAAUUAUCCUCAUAAACCAUGUUUAUGUUGCAUUACCCGUGCCAGCAUACACAUUUGUGUCAUUAUAAACCAUGUAUUCAGUCUGUGAUGUCCAUAUUGUUAAUGAUUUGCGUAUAAUGUGGGAUGCUUUUCUCUGUGUAUUCUGUAUUCUUCUAUAUGCUAACUACAUGCUAACUUCUGUAUACUGUAUCUGAGAGACUUAAGAUCAAUCUGAGCUAAAAUGCUGUGUAAAUCAGAUGUUGUAUUAUAGGGCUGGGCGAAAUGGCUUAAAAUCAAAACCUCGAUUAAUUGAACUCUUUAGCUUGAUUAUUAUUUUUGUAUUUGUUUACAUUUUUGCCCUCAUAGUUCAUUAAAGGUUGAAAUGAAGAUGAAAAAAGUCACACUUCAGUUUUAUCGUAAAAUUGAUGGAUGAGCAAAAUUUUAUUAAACUGGCAUUGUAUAUGUUACACGUAUGAUGAAAAUGUAUUCCUUCAAACAAACAAUAAACUUUACCCCUACCACGAA